AUGUCGGUGGAUGUCAAUGCAGUCAAGGAACGCCUCAACGGACUAGUGACGCUGCUCAAAGCCGUCGGUGUGGACGAUCUCAAUACCGGAGAUGUACAGCGGGUCAGCAAAGGACUUAGAAAAAACGGAGGCCUAGGGCUUCCCGAUGCUCGUCAACUGAAUGAUGAACAGAUUGAACUCAUUAUUAGAAAGUUGCAAAUGGCGCAACAAGAAGCUCCGCAAAUUAUUGCGGCGUUGGAAGCCCAUGCCGAAGCGCGUUCCUUGAACGGCAGUGAUAGUCGGCCUCGGCCACACCAGCAACAGCGCCAACAGUACGAAGACGACGAGGAUGACGAUGAUGAAAUCGAUGAAGACGCCAACUAUCCCAUGGUUGGGUCCGGCUGCUCGGAUGAUGUUUCCAUAAUGAGUGACCUGACGACUCCAACCGUAGUGAACGAUAGACACGUCCCGGAGGAAGAGCACUACCGAGAUACCCUACCACCCAUGAUUGUUGGUGGGGGUGGCGACCGAGCGCCUCCCAUGAUGAUUGCACCUACCAAACGUAAGAAUCUCGUCAAUUCGGUGCGUCCAGGAAUGUCACGGGGAGCGCGGCCAGGUCUACUGGCACCGCCAUCCCGGGGGGCCGCGGCGGCCCGCCAAAAACGCUAUCAAGACACAAUGCACAAGUUACAGCAAGAAUCCCCAACGCCAUCGACGAAAAGGAUUCUCAAGGUUAAAAAGGACCCCACCAAGAAAAGUUCGUCUUCCACACGACGUCCCACCAGCAGUUCCGAAAACACCCAUUCUCACAAAGAGUUCAACGCCCGGAAUGAAUGGGAGUCCGAAAAUGCCGGACGCAGCUCGGCUCCUACUCGUAAAUCCAAGCCAAAAAAGUCUAGUGCGACUACCGCCAUUGACGAUGACGGUUUUCUAGUAGGGGAUUCCUUUGAUCCCUUUGCUAGUAGUGAUAACAACCCGUUUGCUUCACGCACAACUUCCGCAGGCGACUUGGCAUUUUCGACGUCCCGCCGGGAUCCCUUCUCAUCCUCUUCCUCUGCAAACGGCUUCGACGCGUUUGGGGGGGCAUCUGGAUCGCGCAAACUGAAAAAGAAACCAGAGCGUAGCAUUGAAAGUUCCUUCUCCUCCAGCCGGAGUAAGGAAGGCAACCCUCGGUCCAGCGCGACAGGCGGUGCGACACCGCGUCGUCGUGCACGACGGGCCAGUCUUGCCAUGUAGAAUCAGUCUCUUUCUUGAACAGCCCGAAAGUUGUGGUUACAUAGAAUUUGAUGCAAUCGUCGAUAGGUAAUUUCAAGAACAGGCACAGCGUUCGCUCAAAUCCCCGUCCACAGCACCAGAGCGAAUGCUCGAGCACAACACUCCUGUACCAGCCUAGCAUUCAAACAAUACCAAACUUAUU